UCUAGCAACCAAUCCAUCAGAAGAGAAGACUCUCUCUCUCACUCCCUCUUCAACACCCAGCUAGUUUAAUGAUGAUCUCUGCCCGUCUCUUCACCAGUGGGAAUUCAGUUAAAUUUUACAUGUUUAAAUUUUAGCACAAAUUCAAUUACUUCAUCGUCGUGCUUGGAUCUUCAACUCUACUUCUUUCAACACCACUAAAUGGAUAUUCUCUUUGCUCAGAUCCAAGCGGACCUCCGCUCCAACGACGCCCUCCGUCAAUCCGGCGCUCUCCUCCAGGCCCUCCAACAAUCCGCAGCCGGCCGAGACAUUUCCGUCAUUGCCAAAACCGCCGUCGAAGAAAUUGUUGCCGCUCCUGCCUCUGCCGUUUGUAAGAAACUUGCUUUCGAUUUAAUUCGCUCUACGCGUUUAACCGCCGAUCUCUGGGACUCUGUGUGCUCCGGAAUUCGCUCCGAUUUCCACUUCCCCGAUCCUGAUGUCACCGCAGCCGCUAUCUCUAUUCUGGCUGCCAUUCCGUCCUAUGCUCUCUCCAAGCUUAUCUCAGAUUCGAAUGCCGAGAUCUCCGGAUGUUUCGAUUCGCUGUCUGAUAAUCUCCGUCACUCGAUAACGGAAACUUUGGGCUGUAUUCUUGCUCGUGAUGACUUGGUUACGCUGUGUGAAAAUAAUGUUAAUCUCUUAGACAAGGUUACCGUCUGGUGGACGCGUAUCGGUCAAAACAUGCUUGACAAAUCCGAUAAUGUUUCGAAGGUCGCUUUUGAAUCAGUCGGUAGACUAUUUCAAGAAUUUGAGUCGAAGCGAAUGAGUAGAUUAGCUGGAGAUAAGCUCGUAGAUAGUGAAAAUUCACUUGCAAUUCGGUCGAAUUGGGUGUCUGCAAUGGUGAAUCUUGUGUGGAAGAAACGAAGCGCCUUAAUGGCUCGAUCUUUAGUUUUGCCGGUGGAGAGUUUCAGGGUAACUGUAUUUCCACUCGUUUACGGUGUGAAAGCUUUUGCUUCUGGGAAACUGGAGGUGAUUAGAAGAUUGUCAAAGGAUUCUAGUUUAGCCAACGGUACUCAAGUGGAGUCCAACGCGGAGAAGCUUGUUGGAGUGUCUGAUUUGGUUACUCAUUUGAUGCCGUUCUUGGCAUCUUCGUUGGAUCCAGCGUUGAUUUUUGAAGUGGGCAUUAAUAUGCUGUAUUUGGCUGAUGUGCCUGGUGGGAAACCAGAGUGGGCUUCACAGUCGAUUAUUGCCAUUUUGACACUUUGGGACAGACAGGAGUUUUCGUCUGCCAGAGAGAGUAUUGUUAGAGCUGUUGUUACCAAUUUACAUCUACUAGAUCUUCAUAUGCAGGUUUCAUUAUUUAAGAGAUUGCUUCUUAUGGUGAAAAACUUGAGAGCUGAAUCGGACCGUAUGCAUGCAUUAGCCUGUAUCUGUCGGACAGCUCUCUGUGUUGACCUUUUUGCCAAAGAAAGCGUCAGAAGAGGGCAGAAGCCUCUUGCAGGAACUGAUAUUGCUUCUCUUUUUGAGGAUCUGAGGAUAAGAGAUGAUCUUAAUAGUAUAACGAGUAAAAGUCUAUUUAGGGAAGAGCUUGUGGCAUCUCUGGUAGAAAGUUGCUUCCAGUUGUCUCUGCCAUUGCCAGAACAAAAAAACUCGGGCAUGGAAAGCAGAGUGAUUGGAGCCUUGGCAUAUGGAACUGGUUAUGGAGCUUUGAACUGGACAGAGCCAGCUUUGGAAGUGGUGGAAGUUUGUAAACCUUGUGUCAAAUGGGAUUGUGAUGGCCGAACUUAUGCAAUUGAUUGCUAUUUGAAGUUGCUUGUUAGGCUGUGUCAUAUCUACGAUACUAGAGGAGGUGUAAAAAGAGUUAAAGAUGGAGCUUCACAGGACCAAAUCCUAAAUGAGACUAGAUUGCAAAAUCUGCAGCGUGAACUUGUUAAAUAUCUUCUUGAGGUAAAUACCCCAAGAAUAUUGGCCCGCCUUAUUUGGGCUAUUUCAGAACACAUCGAUCUGGAAGGCUUGGAUCCACUUCUAGCUGAUGACCCUGAAGAUCCACUAAACAUUCUUGUAUCAAAUAUUCGCAAAGUCCUCUUCAACAUAGAUUCAUCUGCAAAUACAUCAAAUAGGCUUCAAGAUGUUCAAGCAGUUCUUUUAUCUGCUCAAAGGCUGGGAUCACGUAAUGCUAGGGCCGGACAGUUGGUAACAAAAGAGCUCGAGGAGUUCAGAAGCAAUAGUUUGGCUGAUUCGGUCAACAAGCAUCAGUGUCGAUUGAUUUUACAGCGAAUUAAGUAUACUUCAAGUCAUCCAGAAAGCAAGUGGGCUGGUGUUAUUGAAGCCAGAGGAGACUACCCAUUUAGCCACCAUCAACUCACUGUUCAGUUUUAUGAAGCAUCAGCUGCUCAAGACAGAAAAUUGGAAAACUUGGUUCACAAGGCUAUUUUGGAACUCUGGAGGCCAGACCCUAGUGAAUUAACUCUUUUGCUGACAAAAGGAAUUGACUCUACGUCACUCAAGGCUUCUCCGACUGCAUAUACAUUAACUGGCAGUAGUGAUCCAUGCUAUAUUGAAGCAUAUCAUUUGGCAGACUCAAAUGAUGGAAGGAUUACUCUGCAUCUAAAGGUUUUGAAUUUGACAGAACUUGAACUGAAUCGAGUGGAUAUUCGGGUGGGAUUAUCGGGUGCUCUAUAUUUUAUGAAUGGGUCUCCUCAGGCAGUUCGGCAGCUACAAAAUCUUGUGUCACAGGAUCCAGUACUCUGCAGUGUGACAGUGGGUGUCUCCCAUUUUGAGAGAAGCGCCUUUUGGGUUCAAGUCUUAUACUAUCCUUUCCAUGGAAGUGGUGCAAUUGGAGAUUAUGAUGGUAACUAUGAUGAAGAAGAUCCACAAAUCAUGAGACAAAAGCGAAGCUUACGUCCAGAGUUAGGAGAACCUGUGAUUUUAAGGUGUCAGCCUUACAAGCUUCCACUGACUGAACUUCUGUUGCCACAUAAAAUAUCUCCUGUAGAAUUUUUCCGAUUAUGGCCCAGUUUACCUGCUAUAGUAGAGUUCACUGGUACAUAUAUUUAUGAAGGAAGUGGCUUCCGGGCUACUGCUGCCCAGCAGUAUGGGACUUCACCUUUUUUCAGUGGACUAAAAUCCUUGUCCUCCAAACCUUUUCACAGAGUGUGUUCGCACAUCAUCCGUGCAGUUGCAGGGUUUCAGCUUUGUUAUGCUGCCAAAACUUGGUAUGGUGGCUUCUUGGGCAUGAUGGUUUUUGGAGCCAGUGAAGUAAGUAGAAAUGUUGAUCUUGGUGAUGAGACUACGACCAUGAUGUGCAAAUUUGUGGUUCGAGCUUCUGAUGCAUCUAUCACUAAGGAGAUUGGAUCAGAUCUGCAAGGUUGGUUAGAUGACCUUACUGAUGGGGAAGUCGAGUACAUGCCUGAAGAUGAAGUGAAGGCAAGUGCUGCCGAGAGGCUUAAGAUCUCAAUGGAACGGAUAGCUCUGCUAAAGGCUGCCCAACCGAAAAAGAUACCAAAAACCGUCAGGGAAGAGGAAAAUGAGGAGGGAGAGAAAGAAGACGAGGAGAAAAAAGAGGAGAAAAAAGAAAAGAAGGAAGAUGGUGAGGAAGACGGUCAAACUAAGGGUCCAUCACUUCUUUCCAAGCUAACAGCUGAGGAGGCUGAGCAUCUUGCUCUUCAAGCAGCCGUUCUUCAAGAAUGGCACAUGCUGUGUAAAGAUAGAACCACAAAGGUUAAUUAACUUUGUUUUUCUUUUGGACGGAAGAAAGGUUUGGAUAUAUUCUCUGUACCCAAUAUAGUUUAUUCUUUACACUUCGUGCCAGAUAGGUGUUGAAAAUUUGAUUUAGGGGGGCAUUUUUCAGUCCCCAUUUCGCCCCCCUUUCUGUACAUUUUGUACUGGUCUUUAGUUAAGUGUCUGUUGUUGUUCUUGGUGCUUUCUCAGAGAACUUUGAUUACGCUGUAUACUCCAUGACUGAUACUUUUUGUGUGAUAUGUUAAAGCUGACUGUGAAGCUA